AUGAGGUCUGAUACAUAUACUGGCAGCAGAGGAAAAACUUCAUUUGUGUUAAUUGGGUGUGAAAGGAGCGGUAAGUACAAGGGUAGGAAGAAAGAAUUUAUUAGAAGAGACACAGGUACUAGAAAAUGUGGUUCUCCCUUUAAGAUUCGUGGAAAACCAAUGCAUGGAGGUGAAGGUUGGGCGGUGAAGCUGAUAUGUGGGAUUCACAACCAUGAAUUGGCAAAGACCUUAGUUGGACAUCCAUAUGUUGGGAGAUUGACAGAUGAUGAGAAGAAUAUCAUUGCUGAUAUGACGAAAUUUCACAUAGACAAGAAUGUGAAGGCAAAGUGUAAAUCGCUAAUUGGUCAGAAGAAUGCUUGGGACUACGUAAUGGAUAGCUGGGGUAACCUGGUAGAUUGUACUUCGGAACAGGAGUUCCCUGAGCACCUUCAAAGGGUUGAAUAUGCUCAUUGGUCUUUGAAAAGGAUAUUACAGAAUAACGUUGGAGACCUCUGUAGUGUUUGGGAUGCAAUGAACAACAUGAUGACGCUGCAGCACACUAAAAUUAGAGCAUCAUUCGAAAUAAGUACGCAUGUCGUUGGUCAUGUUUUUAAGAAAACCUUAUACAAGAGGCUUCUGAGAAUGGUGUCAAGGUACGCUUUAAAUGAAAUUUUGGUUGAGUUUGAGCAUGUACGUCAUUUGAAAGACAAUCUGUCUUCUUGUGGGUGUGUCUUGAGAACCACGCUAGGUCUUCCUUGUGCAUGCGAGCUACAAAGGUAUGAUGGUGGCAGCAUCCCACUGGAUGUAGUCCAUAUGUACUGGAGGAGACUUAAUUUUUCAGACCAAGGGCUAUGUGAGGCCGAAGUGAGCAUCAAGGAAGAGAUUGAUAGAAUACAUAAAAGAUUUGAGGAACUUGAUGUUUGCGGGAAAGUUACUUUCAAGAGUAAACUCCGAGAAUUCGCGUUUCCCGAUGAGACCUCUAUGUGCCCUCCUCCAACAAAGGUUAAGACGAAAGGUGCCCCGAAAAAGGUAAUGAAAAGAAGCGAAAGAUCGACAAAGCGUGAUCCAUCUUAUUGGGAGUAUGUUGAUGCUUAUCAUUCGGUUCAAAACAGCAACACCUUAGUUAGACCCAGUGCAUCAUCUUUUGAACCACCGAAGCCAGCAAGGAUAAUCCCCAUGUUGGAUCAAUUUCCGCCAUUUAUGCAUGGUUUCAUUGAGGAUGUUGUUGAUGUGAAAGCGGAUGGUAAUUGUGGAUAUCAGUCAGUUUCCGCUUUGUUAGGUAUGGGAGAAGAGUGUUGGGCCAUGAUGCGUAACGAAUUGAUUAAAGAACUUGGCAAAUGGUCGCAAGACUACAUAAAGAUCUUUGGUGGCACGGAGAGAUAUGAACAGCUGAGGUUGUCCCUACACGUGGAUAGGUUAUCCAAGGUUAGUAUGGACAAAUGGAUGGAUAUAACGGAUAUGGGAUAUAUAAUUGCGUCAAGAUAUAAUGUAAUCCUUGUAUCGUUGUCACGACAACAGAGCUUCACAUUUUUUUCUCUCAGAAGUCGACCACCGGCCGAUUCUACUGCGCACCGCAUAAUAUGCGUCAGUCAUGUGUUUGGCAGUCAUUUUGUUCAGGUCCAUUGA